AUUGUUUAAUAUCCUUCUUUUCGAUACGUUUCGUUUAGGUCUUAGAAAAAUGUGCUAAAGUAUUUUUGGUUACCCGUAAGCAAUUCCCACUCGAAUCGUGACUAAAUUCGUUGAGACCACAGCCCCUGGGUCAACAUAUAAAUUAAAGUACUCUAUUUGUAACGCAACAACGACAAUAAUGGCUAGUGCACAAGUGCGGAGCUUUGAAAGUGCCGUCUUCGAGGGGCAGUCAAAGGAGUUCAAGGAGCAGCAGGAGAAGCUAGAGCACCUGCAAAAUAAUAAGCAGCAGGAAGAUGUUCCGCAGGAUGACCAGAAUCACCAACUUAUCGAUGAAGCCUUAUAUGAAGUUGAGUACAAACAUCCUUUGGAGCAUGUGUGGACUUUGUGGUACUUGGAAAACGAUCGCACCAAGCACUGGAAGGACAUGCUGAACGAGAUCACCCAGAUCGACAGUGUGGAGACCUUCUGGAGUUUGUACUAUACAAUUAAGACGCCAUCUGAGCUUAAGAUUGGAUGCGACUACUCGAUGUUCAAGAAGGACAUAAAACCCAUGUGGGAAGAUGUGGCCAACAUCAAGGGAGGUCGCUGGCUGGUCACCGUGGGCAAAAGUGCCAAGUUGGAACUAGAUCGCAUUUGGCUUGAUAUUCUCCUGAUGAUGGUGGGCCAAGCUUUUGAAUACUCCGAUGAAAUCUGUGGCGCUGUGAUCAACAUACGCGCCAAGAGCAACAAGAUCUCCGUUUGGACUGCUAAUGGCAAUAGCGAGAUGGCCAUUCUCGAGAUCGGCCAAAAGCUGAAGAUGCUCUUACGUUUGCAGUCGCAUAAUCUGCAAUAUCAACUUCAUUCUGAUGCAAUGUGCAAAAUCAAUUCGUGCGUCAAAUCGGUUUACACCCUUUGAAAGAAAGUGAUCAGGUCCUCUCCGUUGUUAAAUUUUUAUUUUGAUACACCAGAUUCGUAUGUGUGGAAGAUAAUAUUGGCUUAGUGUUUAUGAAAGAUGACUUGGAAAGGCCUUAACAAAAUUGUUUGAGAAACUAAAUUAAUGAACGCAAAUUAAGAAA